GCUCCAGCCACCCAGAGAGACUGUCAAAGGCACCAUGGGCAAAAUCGGCGAGGCCGUGCAGCGGGCCCGCGCCGCCUUCGCCUCGGGCCGGACCCGCCCCCUGCAGUUCCGCAUCCAGCAGCUGGAGGCGCUGCGGCGCAUGAUCAAGGAGCGCGAGAAGGACAUCGCGGGCGCGCUGGCCGCCGACCUGCACAAGAACGAAUGGAACGCUUGGCACGAGGAGGUGGUAUAUUGCCUGGAGGAGAUCGAGUACACGAUCCAGAAGCUCCCCGAGUGGAUUCUGGAUGAGCCCGUGGAGAAGACUGCCCAAACCCAGCAGGAUGAGUGCUACAUUCACUCAGAGCCCCUGGGUGUGGUCCUCAUCAUUGGCACCUGGAACUACCCCUUCGAUCUCACCGUUCAGCCCAUGGUGGGCGCCAUUGCUGCAGGAAAUGCCGUGGUCCUCAAGCCCUCGGAGCUGAGCGAGAACAUGGCCAACCUGCUGGCCACCAUCAUCCCCCAGUACCUGGAUAAGGAUCUGUACCCAGUGAUCAAUGGGGGCGUCCCCGAGACCACCGAGGUGCUCAAGGAGAGAUUUGACCACAUCCUGUAUACUGGGAGCACUGGAGUCGGGAAGAUCGUUAUGACAGCAGCAGCCAAGCACCUGACCCCUGUCACACUGGAGCUGGGGGGAAAGAGCCCCUGCUACGUGGACAAGGAUGCCGAUCUGGAUGUCGCCUGCAGACGCAUUGCCUGGGGGAAGUAUAUGAACAGUGGCCAGACCUGUGUGGCCCCUGACUACAUUCUCUGUGAUCCCUCCAUCCAAAACCAAAUCGUGGAGAAGCUCAAAAAGUCCCUGAAGGAAUUCUAUGGGGAUGAUGCCAAGAAGUCUCGUGACUACGGAAGGAUCAUCAGCUCCCGGCACUUCCAGAGGGUGAUGGGCCUGCUGGAGGGCCAGAAGAUUGCCUUCGGAGGCACCGGGGAUGCGGCCAGCCGGUACAUAGCCCCCACCGUCCUCACGGACGUGGACCCUCAGUCCCCGGUGAUGCAGGAGGAGAUCUUUGGGCCCAUCAUGCCCAUUGUGUGCGUGCGCAGCCUGGAGGAGGCCAUACAGUUCAUCAACCAGCGUGAGAAGCCCCUGGCUCUCUAUGUGUUCUCCCAAAACGACAAGGUGAUUAAGAAGAUGAUUGCAGAGACAUCGAGUGGCGGGGUGACCGCCAACGACGUCAUCAUCCAUCUCUCAGUGCACACUCUGCCAUUCGGGGGUGUGGGGAACAGCGGCAUGGGAUCCUACCACGGCAAGCAGAGCUUCAUCACCUUCUCCCACCGCCGCUCCUGCCUGGUGAGGUCUCUGCUGAAGGAAGAUCCCUUCAAAGGCAGAUACCCCCCAAGUGUGGCCAAGAUGACCCGCCACUGA